AAAAAUUAUUAGAGUGAAGUAGCGUUAACUUAAUUAAAAUGAAGUACUUUCAGAGCCUUAUUCUAUUAGUUGCUUUAUGGUACUGCAAAGCAAAUUUUGUUCAAGAUGAGUUUGCAGAUUUUGUCGAUUAUGUUAAUGAUUAUAUCAAUUACACCACUUACUAUACUCUACCAACAAAUAAUUCGAUUUUAGUUAAUGUGAACGAUUCUGAAACGUACGAUUAUGGAACAUUUGAUUUCAUUGUCGUCGGAGCGGGUACGGCUGGUACACUUCUCACACGGCGAUUAACUGAAGUUACGGGUUGGAAAAUACUAUUGCUGGAAGCUGGUAAUGACGGAAACAAUUUCACCAAUAUACCUUUCAUGAAUUUAUAUACGAGAAACUCUGAAUAUAACUGGGGAUUUACAACGGUACCUCAAAAUAAAAGUUGCUUAGGUAUGGUAGACCAAAAAUGUGUAUAUCCGACCGGUAAAGGUUUGGGAGGUACCAGCAUUAUAGCUGAUAGUGUUUAUGCUAGAGGAAAUAAGGCUGAUUUCAAUUCUUGGUCAGAUUUAGGAUUAGAUGGUUGGAGUUACGACGAUAUCCUACCUUAUUUCAUAAAAACUGAAAAAAUUGAUAUGAACUCUUAUGAUGCGGGAUACCAUGGCACAGAUGGUUUAUUGUGCAUUAAUUAUACAUAUCCGAAUCCAGUAACAUACGAUGCCUUUUUAAAUGCUAAUCUCCUAUCAGGUCUGAGUACUGUGGACUAUAACGGAAAAAAUCAAAUAGGUAUUGGAAAGUUCCAAUGGACUUUAGAUUUUAAUAAAAAAGUAACAGGAGGAAGUGCCUUCAUCGCACCAAUAAUUAAAAACACCACCAAUUUAAAUGUUACUCUCAAUGCAUACACAACUAAGAUAAUAUUCUCUGACGAUAAUGGAACCCAAACAGCAACAGGUGUUCAAUUCAUCAAAGGGGGUAAAUUAUAUAAUGCUUAUGCAUCGAAAGAAGUCAUUCUAUCAGCAGGACCAAUCGGAAGUCCACAACUACUCAUGCUCAGUGGUGUCGGACCUCAGGAGGAUCUAGAAAACCUCAAUAUCACUGUUGUUAAAGAUCUCCCUGUUGGCAAAAACUUGACUGAUCAUCCUGUUUUUGUUGGAUUGUAUAUCAGGUCUAAUCUAACUACUGAUGCUGGAAAUGUUACCUAUAAUUUGGAACAAUGGAUGAAAGGAUUGGGUUUUUUCGCUACUAUAUUUUCAGCUGAUAAUAUAGGAUUUAUCAAUACAAAAAACGAAUCUGUUGAGCCACCAAACGUGGAAUUCUUAACUAUCAAUCCACCAACAAGUGUUCCAGCUGCUACUUUCUACAAUCUGAACGAAACCUACACAGAAGUUUUCACGACCUAUAAUACAUUGACGGAUUUUCUAGUUUACUGUAUCAAUCUUGAACCAAAAUCUCGUGGUUGGUUGAAAUUGAAUUCUAGAAAUCCAGCAGAAUUUCCACUGAUCAAUCCAGCUUAUUAUACAGACUCCAAUGACGAAGAUAUUCAAGUAGUAUAUGAGGCAAUACAAUAUAUUCUCUCAUUAUUGGAUACAGAGCCACUUCAAGCAAUCAAUGCAACUUUGGUAGCACAAGCUCCCAAUUGUGAUUAUUUGAAAGAGGAAUCAGAAAAAGAUUACUGGUAUUGUGCUAUUAGGUCACUCACUUCUACACUUUAUCAUCCUUCGGGUACAACAAAAAUGGGCAACAGCACGGAAGAUUCAGUAGUUGAUGAAACAAUGAAGGUUCAUGGAAUAUCCGGGUUGAGAGUAGUAGAUGCUGGAUCGAUGCCUAAGCUAGUUAGAGGACAUCCAUUGGCCGCUAUCUGGGCUAUGGCUGAAAAAACCGCUGACCUUAUUAAGAACGAAUACGGAGAACUAUGAAAGUCACGUUCAUAUGAACAAAUGACCAAUUUAUCAAAGAAUAAUACGUGGAACUACGUAUUUUAUGUAUAUAUUUUCCCAAUAAAAAUGUUUCAAUUCUA